AUGCGCGCCACCAUCGCGCACCCGGGGUGGGCGUUCCCCUCCGUCGCCGCGUGCUCCACCUCCUGCGCCACUGCCGCGUCGUCCUCGACGGGGCACGCGCUGCUCCGCACAUCGCCGUCGCCGUCAACUUCGCCCGGGACCCUAUGGAGCGCCAUCUCUGGCCAGAUAGUGGAAAACCCGCUGCGUGCGCAGGAACCACUGGGGAAUUGGGGGGACGGGAAGCUCGAUCUGCUGCUUGGGAUGGGCUACAAUUACAGUCACAUCUGGGAGUUUGGUGCAGCCGGUGGAAGCCUCAAUGAGAGUGCCAAGUUGAGCAAGCUCAUUGUUGAGAAGAUGUAUCAAAUGCCACCUGCAAUGCAAUAUGGUUCAGAGCUUGGGAUUUUAAUGGAUGGAAAGAGCGAGGUGCAGCUUGGGCUACGGUGUAGCGACAUUGACGCCUUAGGAGAGUUUGCGGUAGGUGGAAAGCUUAGGAAGCUCAUAGUAUCUUCAAUACAGAGAACUUCAUCUGCAAUGGUCCGUUCAUUUUCGUCCCAGUGCAACUACGAUGGUGACCUGGUUGGAAAUGAGCUGAGAAGGAUCGGGGAUUCCAUAGAGCAAAACCUGGAGGUUAACAGGGAGAUUUUAAAGAUUCUGCAAAACCAAUUUCCCAACCCAACAACAAUGGCAGCUUCUAGCAGCUCAGCCAAGGAGGCCCUGAAGCUGCAAAGUCAAGACACCGAGAGACACAACUCUGCUGCUGCUUCUCCACUUAGCAACAGAGCUUUGUUUGUCCUGUCGAUUGCUGGGUCUGUUGUGAAGACUCUACAAGAGUGGGUCACCAAAGGUAGCGCUUGGCAUAUCGGUCUUACUGGCCUUGGGGAGGUGAUUAAGCUAGUGAAAGACCCAGAGGCCAAGUCGACAUUGCACAAACUGGAUGAGGAACGAGACUUGUGGUGCUCCAUUCUCAAUAGAGGGAACAAGAAAGCCAAGGCGGGAGAAGGGGAGAUUGCCGAGGGGACCCUAGAGGCUGAUAGCAAGGAAACCAGGUUGGCGCUCAUGAAGCGUGUCAUGGCGGCUGCCUUAGCCAUGGUGGAGGAGUAUUAUAUCCCGCUGGUGGUUGCUCAGAUAUUGGCUGCUGUCGUGUAUGUUCUGGCUCACAUCACCUUGUAGUUACUUCCUAGGUCCUCCUUUGCUGAGACUUCUGUCCGCCUGAUUGUACGUUUUACUGGCAUGGACCUGUUGGCGUGUAUUUGAGAUGCACAAAUAAAUGCAUACCAGUAGGC